CUUUCUACAGGUAUGUCAGGUAUGUACGGAGCUGGAGGAGUUCCGCCUAUGGGUGUAGGAGCUUACGGCCCCUUGUCAGCUGGCAUGAUGGGAGGUAUGCUUGAAUUUUUUCAACUUGUCGCAAAUUAA